CAUUGUCUAAUUUGGGCUGGUCCCUAGAAGGGACUUUUGUGUCCCUCUGAGUGUUGGAACUACUCUCAGAAUUUGGAGUCUAUUGUAAUGGGAGGGACUUGAGCCAGGAGUGACUUGUUUAGGAUGUUGUUAUUGGAGGGGUCUGCUCAUGCACUAUUUAACAUUUGGCUAAAGCUCAUUCCUGUGCUGGGCCUGAGAAGGUACUUCUUAUAAUGUUUCUGUCCAUCAUACUAGCAAUAAAGCAUCCUUGGAUUCUGUAAACCAGAGUGGACUAGUUUUUCAUCCUUCCCAGGCUACAGCCAGGAAGUUGAAGUGUGACAGGUUGGGCCAGGCAAGGCUGGAUUAAAUAUUAACACAGUUGUCAUUACUGCUCACAGGAGCAAGUGCCCCAAAGCCAAGCUGCAGAGCUGUUUGGUGGCCCCAGGCUGACCGGUAGACAUGGCUCAGUUUGUCCAGGUCCUGGACGAAAUAGGUGACUUCAAUCGCUUCCAAGUACGGCUGCUGAUACUGCUGAGUAUCCCCAACUUCCUGUCUGCUUUCUACAUGUUUGCCCAAGUCUUUAUGAUCCAGGAUGAGGCCCACUACUGCUCAGUGGCCUGGGUCAAGAACCAUACUUUGAACCUGAGUGCUGCCGAGCAGCUGACACUGAGUGUGCCCCUGGAUGCUGCAGGCAGUCCUGAGCCCUGCCUCAUGUUCCGGCCUCCUCCUGACAAUGCCAGCCUGGAGGACAUUCUCAGCCACCGCUUCAAUGAGACGCAGCCCUGCGAGGCAGGCUGGGAGUAUCCUGAACAUGGGCCCCUGUCCCUACAGAAUGAGUUCAACCUGGUUUGUGAUCGGAAGCACCUGAAGGAGACCUCACAGUCCGUGUACAUGGCCGGGCUCCUCGCUGGGUCUCUAAUCUUUGGGCCUCUCUGUGACUGGAUUGGCCGCAGGGCCACUAUCCUGGUGCAGCUGUUCCUCUUUGCCAUCUUCGGUCUGAGCACAGCCUUUGUGCCCAGCUUCGAGCUCUACAUGGUCCUGCGUUUUGCUGUGGCCACUGCUGUCGCUGGGUAUACCUUCAGCAACGUGACCCUACUUACAGAGUGGGUGGGGCCCUUGUGGAGGACUCGAGCCGUGGUCCUGGCCCAGUGCGCCUUCUCCGUGGGUGAGAUGGCACUGGCAGGACUCGCCUAUGGCAUCCGAAACUGGAGGCAUUUCCAAAUGGCUGGCACUGCACCUGUCUUGCUGCUCUUCUUCUACUUCUGGGCUCUGCCAGAAUCAGCACGGUGGCUUCUGACCCAGGGGAGGGUAGAGGAGGCGAGACAAGUGAUCCAGAAGGUGGCCUCUGUCAACAAGCGGAAACUCUCUCCAGAGCUCCUGAGCCAGCUGGUUGCAGAGAAGACAGGCCCCUCGGGGAAUGCCUUGGAUCUGUUCAGACACCCCCAGCUCUGGAAGAUGACCCUGAUCCUCUGCUAUGUCUGGUUUGUGGACAGCCUGGGAUACUAUGGCUUGAGCCUCCAAGUUGGUGACUUUGGCCUGGAUAUCUACCUGACGCAGCUAAUCUUCGGAGCAGUUGAAGUGCCCGCCCGCUACUCCAGCAUCUUCAUGAUGCAAUGGUUGGGCCGCAAGUGGAGUCAGAUGCUCAGUCUUGUUCUGGGUGGCCUCAUGUGUAUUGCCAUCAUCUUUGUCCCAGCAGAUCUGCCUGUGGUGGUCACCGUGCUGGCCGUGGUGGGCAAAUUUGCCACGGCCUCUGGAUUUACCAUCUCCUACGUAUACUCUGCUGAGCUCUUCCCCACCAUCAUCCGGCAGACGGGCAUGGGGCUGAUGGGCAUCUUCUCAAGGAUUGGAGGGAUCCUUACCCCUCUUGUGAUCCUGCUGGGCGAGUACCAGGCGGCCCUCCCUAUGGUCAUCUAUGGCAGCCUCCCCAUUGGGGCAGGCUUACUCUGUGCUCUGCUGCCAGAGACACGUGGCCAGCCCCUGAAGGACACCAUCAGCGACUUGGACCAGGGUCCCCACCCACGGCCUCCAGGGUCAGCACCUUCAGAAAAGGGAACAGAGGCCUCAGAAAGCACUUCCAGCCCAGGGGUGACUUUUGUGAGCAGUACGUACUUCUGAUUGUGUCUCUGGAGCUGGAGUAGCAGCAGUAGCGAGCUACCUGAACACCCCCUGGAAAAGCCUGGGGCCUGCCCACAAGCCCCACCUCACAGAUAGAGGCAGCACACCCUGGCCUGGUCCCCAUGCCAGCCACUGGCUGCUUAGUCCCUAGGCAUCCGGGUGGGCUUCUCUCUUCUCGUUGCUUCUCAUCAACUUCCCCACCCCAGCAUACUCCCAAGCCCUGUUCUGGGGUAGGAUCUUAGGUAUAUCUUGGGCUUUACUUGUUCUCUGACAGUCUUGUGAGAGUAUGGCUCCUCUGCUCUUCUCAAUCUGGGCUCCCCCUGCUCUCAAAACAGAUAAGCUCAGAACAGAGCAGAUGCUUUACAGCCUUUCCAAGGAUGUGGCAGUAGAAGGAGAGAAAAUUGAAGCUGCGGUGUACAUCUAUCCAGUGAGAGAUAAGGCUGUGGAUGAGGAGAAGGUUGUAGUUCCUUCUAGUGGCUGGGCCAGGCUUGGGUGGGGCUAAUGAGACAAUAAAAGGCAAGCAGAGGGCAAAAGAUAAACUGACACUCCACAUCUCCCCUCCCCCAAAGAUGAAAGUGGGAUAUUUGUGACAUUGCUCAGGCCCUCAGGACUGACCAAGAAUGAAGGAAGGAAAAGGCAAAUGGUCACCUGAUAAUAGAUCACAGUUUUUACAAGAAAAGCACAAUCUGGAGAAUAGUCAUGUAACUAUAGUUAUAUAGUUUAUAUAUAAACCUAUAGACUCAAUUUCCUGGAGCCGUAAUGUCACAUAUUCUUCCAUUGGAUAAGAAACUCUAUGUAAUCAGCCAUUCCUCAUGCUUAGACCUCAGCCUUUUCUGCCCACAGGUCCUCUUGCUGUGCUUUAAUAAAAUCACCUUUGUUUGCACUGAAAACGUCUCAAGAAUUCUUUCUUGGUCACUUGCUCUUGGACCCAAACUCCAAAUUAUAUCAUUUUGGUGCCCAGUGUGCAGCUUGAGGCUUCUCAUCUGGACUCUGAGCCUUGUGCAAACCCAGUGAAUACCUCUUCUUGCUCUCCCUUUACUUUCAUUUCAGGGGCUUUUCAAGGAGUAUUGUCUUAUUGGAACACUUUCACAUUCAUUACUGAGGCUGCAAUCCUCUAGCCUGUGGCUACUCUAUGGGGAGGAGAAAGAUUGCCUUUUGGCUAGAAGUUAGUACAUUGGUCAGAAUGGUAAUAAGACCCAAAAACUUGAUGCCUUCCUCUUUGUUUCUGUCCUUAUACAACAUGAUCUUUCUUCAGCACAGGACAGCCACUGAAGUCUCUAGGACGGCUGCCAGUUGAAAGACUGCCAUGUGAGGUUUCCUCUUCAUUGGUCUAAUGUGAUUCUCUAGACAUUUCUGGUGUAGCUGCUUUUGGUUGCGAGAACUCUGCUCAGAGCUGGCUGAAACCAGUACCCAAUUUGAUUAAAACACAA